AUGAAACUUUUGAUGAUGUUCUUGUUACUUCAUACCCUCAUCAUCAUCUGGGCCGCACCUGCAGGAUCUAAUACGGCACGACGGGCAUCCAUUGCCGGGUCCUCUGUCAUCACGACUGAGGGGACUUGCUCGGAUUCUUCCUCUACAGGAAGCAGUUGUAAUUUUAUUUCCUCGACUUUGCUGGAGUCUGGAUGCAUGGCUUCUGUAGCUGCGACCGCCACAGGAUCGGUGACCAGCCUAAUAAUGACUGCGCCGACCGGAACCUUGGUGACGGCACCUACAGCAAACGAUGAAUUAUCCAAUACUUGCACGUUCAGGACGUUCAAUAUCGACGAAACCUCUCUGAAAGUAUAUAUGGUCGGAAUAAUCCUAGCGGCUUCUUUUGCAGGCGUAGCACUUACCAUUGUCAGCGUGCUUACCUGUUCUGUGGGCAGAUGUAUAAAACAAUACCAUACAGUUCGCGUGCAAGACUCGAAGAACUGUGGCUACUCGAAAAAAUUCAGUGUAUUCAUCGAGUAG